ACAAAAGCCAUUUCAUAAAAGAUUAAAAUUGUGUUGUAUGUUUCUCUCUCUUGUUUAGGGAAUUAGCAUAACUGAAUCACCUCCUUUAUGUUCUAUCUCCAACAAAUUUCAUAUAUUUCCUUCUUAGUUCUCAGUCUACUCCCAAACAAACCCAAAUGAGUAACAAAUUACCCAAAAACCAACGUUUAAUUUCUUAUUUCUCUUGACAAAUUCAAUGAAUCAAUUCUAAACACGCAGAAAAUCAUUAUCUGCCCGUUAAUGAUUCUCCCCAAAUUAAUUCCCCAGAUCCAUUAUCGUUUCUUUCCUUAAUUCUACCUUCCAAAUUAACCAUUUAAACCCUUCAUUUUUUCAUCAAAAAUUUAAGUUUUAGACAUUAUUUUAGAGAGAGAAGUAUUGAAUUAGUGUGGGAAAGUAUGUCGAGUUCAUCUACUCAGGUUGUUAAGGUGAAGAAAUCGGUGUUAGCGGCAUGCAUGACAUGCCCUCUUUGCAAUAAGCUUGUUCGUGAGGCUACAACCAUCUCGCUUUGCCUUCAUACGUUUUGCAGGAAAUGUAUAUAUGAUAAAUUGUCGGACGAGGAUGUUGAUAGCUGCCCUGUGUGUGAUGUUAAUUUGGGCUGUGUUCCGGUGGAAAAACUCAGGCCGGACCACAACCUGGCAGAUAUCAGGGCCAAGAUUUUUCCUCUGAGAGGAAGAAAGGUCGCUGCACCUGAAAUUGUCCCGGCGAACUCCCCUCCUGCUAAGGUAAAGGAAAGAUCACUAUCAUCAUUAGUGGUCAGCACACCAAGAGUGUCUAUGCAGGCUGGUGUUACAGGAAGAAGAACAAGAGCUGGAAGAAAAGGUUCUGUUCCAAGAAGUUCUAGUCCUGUUGCUGAAGAAACUCUUAAGUCAGUGGACGAUUCUUUGGAUGAUCAUCUUGAUGGAUCAAGCUCACCUGAGACUCUUAAUAAAAUCAUUCAAAAUAAGAAGCAGAGUUCUUCAGCCAAAUCUACUAAUGAUCAGAUUCAUGAUGAGCACACUGAAAACGACACUGAAGAGCGGGAAGGAAAAGCUGAUAUGUGGAAACCUUUAAAUACUCUUGUUGAAGCUGCAAACAGAAGCAAGUUUUCAAAGUCUAAUUUGCAAGGGCCUUCUCUUGCUACAACAGAGGCAUCUGGUUCCGGAGAUCUUGAUAUAAAAAUGAAUAAGAUGAAUAUUGAGGAGAAUGGGCAAGGAGCUGAAGUCCAGAACGUCAAAACCAGUGUGCCGUCAGUCCCAGCACCGGUGAAACGUAAAAGGGUACGUCCAUUUAACAGAAAACAAUCAUCGGCAUCUUUGCCACCGAACAGUUCCCAUGUCGUGGUCAAUGAAGCGCGUCGAAAUUGGAAAGACGGUCAAGUUUGGUUUUCAUUGGUUGCUGCUGAGGAUCAGGUUGAAGGGGCACCGUUGCCACAAGUAGAUGCUGCUUUUUUAAGAGUAAAGAAUGGAAACAUGCCAGUUUUGUCUAUUCAAAAAUACCUUGCAAAGAAACUUGAUCUCGCAAGUGAAGCAGAGGUCCAAAUUCUGUGCCAAGGACAACCAGUGAUGUCUAACUUGAAAGUUAGCAGCCUAUUAGACGCAUGGGUUCAAACUUCAUCGUCCCAAAAGGUACAUACUUUCGUUGGCGACUCUGCCAAGGAUUUUGUGAUGGUUCUUUCAUACGCGCGCAAGGUUACAUCCCCAAUCGCUUGAUGCUGUUGCAGCAAUAAUCAGCUUCGUCCCCAUCUUACCGUCUUCGUUUAGAGCUCACAUCUGCUCUAUUGAAUCUUGCAGUGAUAAAUGCUGUUAACAUUUAGUAUUUAGAAUUUACUAUAUACAAUUUUACAAUUUAGUAGUAUUAUUAUAGAACUACACAUUGGUUGUUUGAGCAUUGCAACCUUGCUAUGUAAAUGAGGUCAAACAAUAGUUCUUUUUAAAUUGGUAUAAGAUGACAAACUAUAGCUAAUC